AAGUACUUAAUCAUUCAAUUGCUGAUUUCUCUCGAGCACUAAGCAGGUAUACAUUCAUUUGACACCUACACACCUACCGUCCUCAACGCUGACCUUUUACCGACGGUAGCAGGAUCGUUACCCGACUCACUGCAAGACUGACACGGGAAAAAGACCCCACUUACAUCCCCUCAAUGCGAUUGUUCAUAAAUCCCAGCUCAAGGACCGCAAGCAAGACAACUUUCGAUCGUAUUCUACAGAAACCUAGUUUGGCUAUCUACCAGCAGUAUCAGUUGAAGAAUCCUUCUUUUUCUGCUACCACUCCUACGACAUCUACAAGUUCAAUCUUUAAGAGACAUAUUCAUUGCUCCUCUGUCACCAUGGCUGGUGUUAGUAAAGCUUGUUGCUCUAUUCCGCCCGUUAUUUCAAAGGGAUAUGAGGCCAAGGGUGAAUACAAGACCAUUGGUGGAUUGAAGACUUAUGUCACCGGUCCCGCCGAUGCUACUCGUGCCAUUUUGAUUGUAUACGACAUCUUCGGCUUCUUCCCCCAAACCCUCCAAGGCGCCGACAUCCUCGCCACAGCUGACAAGGACAAGAAAUACCGCGUCUACAUGCCCGAUCUCUUCGAAGGCGAACCAGCCAAUAUCUCCUGGUACCCUCCUCAAACCGACGAACACAAGAAAAAACUAGGACAUUUCUUCCAAACCAAGGCCCCUCCCCCAAAACAUCUAGCCAAAUUCCCCGGUAUCCUAGCUGAUGCGAACAAAGAAGCCGCCGGCGGUAACGGAUACACCUCUUGGGGUAUUCUAGGAUUUUGCUGGGGUGGUAAAGUCGCCAAUCUCGCUCUGGCCAAGGACAGCGCAUUCAAAGCCGGCGCACAGGCUCAUCCAGCCAUGUUGGAUCCCGAAGAUGCGAAGAAUGUGACUGUCCCCGUUGCAUUGUUGGCGUCAAAGGAUGAGGAUCCCGCUGCCGUUAAGGGAUAUAAAGAGAAUUUGAAGGUUGCGAAUCAUGUUGAUACUUAUUCUACACAGAUUCAUGGAUGGAUGGCUGCCAGGGCUGAUUUGGAGGAUCCCGAGGUUAAGAAGGAGUAUGAAAGAGGAUAUCAUGCUGUAUUGGAUUUUUUCCAUCAGCAUUUGUAAUAAGGUAGCUAUAUCUAGUCUUUCUUAAUUCAAAUUAGUACUACGUACAUAGCUC